AUGGCUGGUGGUGCGAAUUUCAUGCAAAGGGUUCUCUCUUACGUGGUCAACGAGGUUGUCGUCAAUGGUCUUGCCAACAGGCUUGUAAUGAUUGCAGAGAUGACUGCAAGAAUUGGCAUACAAAGGACCCUGCAUUUCAGAGAUUUGCAGUGCGGACAUCAAGAAGAAUUGAAGAUAUAUCUCACAAAGGUAAUAGGAGAAGAACGGUUGUCUUUUGAUAGUUUGAUUGACCUUUUGGACAGAUCUGUUUCACACUUGUCAUAUAUUCUGACAGCUGCUCAGAAGAGGCAGGAGCUAACUGAGCAGAUCAAGGACAUCUCAAAAAAUAUGGAAGAUGUAAGCUGUUUUGCGAAGCGCUUGGUUCCUCUAAUGGCGUCCAUCGUUUCCACCAAGGCCAACCAGUUUCGUUGUUGCACGCGUCUUCUCUUCUCACACCUUCUUCACCAUGGCAGACCCUCCACGUUUUCAACACCUUUCUCUCCUCAUCUUCUACUGCUCCAUCACCCUCACCAGGUUGGGAAUCAAGUUUUUGGUAAUGGGUCGUUAGGGUUGUGUCAAAGGUCUCUAUCUUCUACUGCUGCCAAUGUUAAUGGAGAAAAACCAGUCACAGAUUCCGAUCACUCUGCAAAAGAUGGUUCUGGCCUAGGGAAGGAGUCUAAAGGUGGAGGAGAACAGGAUCAGAAAAGUGAUACUGGGAAACCUGUUCGUGGAGGGCCUAUAUCUUGGUUGAGUUUCCUCUUACUGGUUCUCACUGGAGCUGGAUUAGUGUUCUACUAUGAUAGGGAAAAGAAACGACAUAUUGAAGAAAUACGUAGUAAUACGGAGGCAGUUAAGCAGGGGCCUUCUGCAGGAAAAGCUGCAAUUGGGGGCCCAUUUCGCCUUAUCAACCAUCAUGGAAAACAUGUAACUGAACAGGAUUUCUUGGGAAAGUGGACUUUGAUAUAUUUUGGCUUUACUCACUGCCCAGAUAUUUGUCCAGAUGAACUACAGAAGUUAGCAGCUGCUGUUGAUAAAAUAAAGGACAAAGGUGGAAUUGAAACUGUACCAGUUUUUAUCUCUGUUGAUCCUGAGAGGGAUACUGUUGAACAAGUGGGUGAAUAUGUGAAAGAGUUUCAUCCGAAGUUAAUUGGAUUAACUGGUAGCCCGGAUGAGAUCAAGAAUGUUGCUCGUGCAUAUCGUGUUUAUUACAUGAAGACAGCAGAGGAAGACUCAGAUUAUCUUGUUGAUCACUCCAUAGUUAUAUACUUAAUGAGUCCUGACAUGGAAUUUGUAAAGUUUUUUGGCAAGAACAAUGAUGUUGACUCACUUGCUGAUGGAGUGAUUAAAGAGGUAAAGCAGUAUAAGAAGUAA